AUGAACCGUUAACUUCUAACUGAAAAUCCAAAUACGACAUUUUAUGACGCAAACUAAAGUGUAGCAGGAAUAGAAAUGCAUGAAAUCAAUAACACAACCAACACUACAUACAGAGCUGGUUAUGUCAACUUAGAAGAUAUUGAUGACAAUGUUUUUUAUGCAGAUAACAAUGCUUAAAAGAAAUAUCAAAACCUACAAUCAGAAGAUCCUUUAUCUCAUAUUGAUUAAUAAAAGAUAUAAAACGCAUAGAUAAAUAACCAAUAACAAGAUUAAAUAGCUCUUAAAAAUGGACAAGUAGGUUUAGCACAAAAUUAAUUAGCUAAUUAAUAGCAAAUUUAGUAUCCAUAAUAGGUUAAUAAUCAACAAAGCGCUUAUCCUAAUAUGUCAAACAAAAAUGUGGUUUCAAGCAAUAACUUUUAGCCUUAGACACAUUAGUUUCAUCUUCCCCAAAACUAAUAAUUUGUUGCUUAAUAAUACCAAAGUGUCCCUUCAGUUUACAGCAGCUAAUUAAAUAACAUGUAUAAUCAACCACCAAUUUAAUAAUAGUAGUAAGCUUCUUAUUUCGGUAUGGGUUAAAUGACAAACACUGAAUAUUAGUAAUAAUUGCAUCUUUAGUAAAAAAUAUAUGAAGAUAUAUAGCGUUAGAGAAUGUCUUAAAAUUAAAGUUAAAUUAAUAGACAAUCAAACGUCCCUUCUUAGUUGCCUUUAUAGAUGCCAUAAAAUCCAAGUUAGCCCUAAAUUCCUAUGCAAAGAAGUCAGCCUUAGAUUGCACAAUAAGAAAUGAUUGCCAAAGUAGAUGUUAAGUGUAUUCACUGCUUUGUAAUGUAAAGAAUCCCUAUGACUUCUAAAAAAUUCUAAUGCUUUAAUUGCUAGAAGGUUUAAGAUUCAAACCCAACCAUUCCAAUUUACUCUAUGUUUUCUUGUGGAAAAUGCUAAGCUAGAGUCCUUUAUGAGCCUGGUGUAAGUGAUUUGAUUUGCUGCACAAGAUGUCAAACUAUUAACAAAGUUAGCAUGGAUGCAAAUUUACUUAAAAAAUAAAUGAAUAAUUAGUUAGAUAAAAUAUUAUAAAACCCCAUUAUGAAGGAAUAAUAAAAAAAUUAAAACUAAUAGCCAAAGGAUGAACUAUCAGAGGAUGAAAUAAAGUAAAUAGAAAAGCAAUUUUCCGAAAUCAGCAUCAAAAAAGAUGAUCAAAAUUAAAGAAGUGAGUCUUUUGAUGUAAGUUAGGUUUAAGAUGAGUAGUUUAUUUAACUCUAGAAAAAGCAAUUGGAAUAAAUAGAAUUAAUGAAAAAGUAAUAAUAGCUCUUAUAGUAGUAAAUUGAAUAGAAGCAACAAGCUAUUAAGUAAUAGUCUGUCCUGUAAUCUUAGAAACCAGCCUCACCUUAAGUUUAACCUAUAAUUAUAACCUCUCCUGAAUAAUCCAAGUAUCCUAUUCUAGCCUAAGAUGAUAAAUAAUAAAAUCCUCAAUCUAUAAAUAACUAAAAAGAUUUAUUAGAUCUACCAUAAUAACCAUAGUAAGAAUAAUAAUCGGAGAUAAUCUAACCUUAAUAGAGCUUAAAUUAGCAAACUUAAAAUCAAGAUAUGGUUUAAUAAAAUUCUAGUCACAGCAACUAAAUCUAAUCUAACCAGGAACAGAAUAACAGUAUAUUUGUAGACCAAAACGUAUAAAAAAAUAAUGAUCAACACCAAAUCAACGACAACAAUAAUUAUAGUAAUUAAUAACUAUAGUAAUAGUAGUAAUACCACUAAUAGCAAUAACAACAACAAUAACAUUAAUAAUAAGUAGAAGAAUAACAAGUUUAAAGAAACGAUAGAGGCUUCUCCAUUUUCGAAGACCAUCAAAUAAAUAACUGCUUGCUAUGA